GCGGUAACGGAGCCACAGUCAUCCACUGUGUUGUGACAGUUUUCAAAGUUUGGGGUUAAUUUUAUUCAUCUUCUUAAUAAAUUCUUCCUUCUUUUGUAAGUCUACUUUUAACGAUGGCGGUUAACGAAUCGGGGAACACCCUUGUAAAGGUUGAAUUAGAGCAAGAAGAGGAAGUCAUAUCAACUCUUCAGAGAGACGACUACGUCACCAAUGAAACUUCAGUUCCGAUAAAGCAAGAGGAAGAAGAAGAAGUGAUUUUAAAUGCUGCCAAUGAUGCAGACAUGGUGUGUAUUAGAGAAAAUGUCAGUGUCGGUCGUCAACAACGAAGCUGUGAUAGUGUCGAUGCCGAAUGCAACAAACGUAAGGUCAUGAAGAAACACAAGGCUUUUAAAUGUGACAAGUGCGACUUCUCGACGUCUCGUAAAUUAUACGUGAAAAUUCACCUCGCGAAACACGACGGAGUUACGGAAUUUAAAUGUGACAAGUGCGACUAUGGGACUAAUUAUCCAGCAAAUUUUAAAAAUCACGUUGUCAGGCAUCAAGUUUUUAAAGAUCUUAAAUGUAAUAAUUGCGAAUUCGCGACGAAUAAUGAACGUUACUUGAGACGGCACAAGUUAACACAUGCGGAUUCCAAAUUCAAAUGUGACCAAUGCGAUUUCGGUACUCAAGUUAAAAUGUACUUAGACGAACAUGUGAAAAGACAUCUCAUAAAGCCGGGAGUUUCUACACAGUAUAAAUGCGCCAUUUGUGAUUACACAACAUAUACUCCCUCAAAUUUGACUCGACACGCCUCGAUUCACAAAUCUAAAGGUUUUAAGUGUAACGAUUGUGACUACUCGACGAUUAGUAAAUCGCACUUGACACGCCACCUCUUGACACACAAAGUUUGUAAAGAUUUGAAAUGUGACUAUUGCGAUUAUGCGACAAAUUUUGAAGUGCUUCUAAAGAAACACCUUGUAACUCACAAGAUUUCUAAAGAUUUUAAAUGUGAUAAGUGUGAUUAUGCGACGAAUUUUAAAUCGUACUUCAACACACACCUCCUGGUACACAGUGAUUCUAAAGAAUUUAAAUGUGAUCUGUGCAAUUACGCGACAUCGAAUCGAGUAUACCUCAACAAACACCUCACGAGACACAGCACUAUCAAACAAUUUAAAUGUACACAGUGCAAUUACGCAUCGAACACGCAAACGAGUCUAUGUCACCACGUAGCAAAACACAAAGUCGCAAAGGACCUGAAAUGCGAGCACUGCGAUUACGCGACGAACAACAAAUCGAACUUACGCAAACACAUCACCGUGCACAACGCAGUCAAGGAGUUCAAAUGUGACGUCUGCGAUUUCAGCACGAACAACCGGCCGUACAUGAGCGUUCACCUCUCGUUACACUCGACCUCCAAGGAGUUUAAAUGUGACCGUUGCGAUUUCGCCGCAUCUAACGAACUCUACCUGAAACGACAUCUCCGAAAGCACCUCGCGACGCAGGCGAAAACUUCGGGGAAAUUGAAAUGUGACAGUUGUAAUUUUGCGACUUUGGUCAAGUGGCGUUUGGUACAGCACAUGGCGACGCACCAAGUUGCGAGUACGUAGCGCGUGUGAUAAUUGCAUGUCUGGGUAGACUGCCUAUUAGAAGGGGCGGUGUUUAAUCUCUCAGAUUAUUUCUGCAACAGGUGUGGAGGGUCCCUGAUUCAAAUCAGGAGUGAACCCCCUCACUUAAGAAUAAAGACAGCAUGCAGUGUAGCAAUAUUUAUACUUGUUGACCUUAACUUAAAUAAAGGUUACUAUACAGGG